CAGCCGCCAACACUAGCAGGUUUCUCUCCUGGAGCUUCCUUUUGCUGUGUUUGCAUAUUCUUGAAUCUCCUCUCAGAGGCAUUGAAGUCGUCGUGAUUGUUCGACGCGUUUUGACAAGCUACAAACGCCUUUGAGCUCCGAGAAGCUCCGCAAUCAUGGUUCAAUGGGGCAAGCUGCUCAACAUGGACGGGAGCGAUAGCCGACACCGGAUAUCCGAUGAAGCCAGCGCGCUGCUUCCCACGCGUCGCGCACCGGACCCGCCCCCAACUAUCGACCCCAAGGAAGUCACAAAGAUAGCGCUGCGCCUUAAGCACCAGAUUGAACAGGUUAUACCGUGCGAGCUCGAGGAAGAGUCGAUUAUCAAGUCGCACAGCCCCAUCCUCACAACCGAUGUGCUGGAGACGGCGAAGCUGGCGGGCGGAGAGGAGCACAAGGCUUGUGUUGUGUUCUGCCUGCUGCAGGUGAAGAAGUGGUUCAAGAAACAAUCCAAUGCCGAGCUCUGGGACGCCGACCUGCACGAUGUGCGCGCCGUUGCUGCCGAGAUGAUGGCCAAGCGCUUGAUCGAGGCUGAGGAGGAUAUGGACUUUUUGUUCCAUGAGAUGCUGCUUAAGCGAUACUCGACUCUCGUCGACGGCAAGCCUUCCGUACCUGCUAAUGCCGUGGAAAAGGCUGUCGACCUGCACGCCCUGACGGUCAUUGGAUCGUCGGGCUACCAGAAGUGCAUCUCCUACCUGUGGCGCGGCUGGAUCGUUCAAGAUGACGAGGACCCGAAUCGCUUCGUAGCCUACGCGGACAAGACAAACACCAGCUACUGGGCACAUCUGGACCCGGACCGCAUGCGUGUCCCUCGCUACCAGAACUGGGUGCAGAUUGCCAUGUCGGUGGUGUUUCUGGCACUCUUCACCGGCGCCAUCAACACCAUCAAUCCUUCAGGCGACCUGGAUGUCGUCGAAGGUCUGCUGUAUAUCUUCACCGUCGGUUUCAUCUGCGACGAGAUGAACAAGUUCUGGAAGGUCGGUCGCUUCUACAUCUCCUUCUGGAACAUGUUCAACAGCACUCUGUACGCCAUGCUCACCGUCUCCUUCGUCCUGCGCAUGAUUGCUCUGGCGUACCCGGCACAUCAUGGGAUACGCGGCCACUACAAUGAACUCAGCUACAACUUCCUGGCCUUCACGGCGCCUAUGUUCUGGAUGCGACUGCUGCUCUAUCUGGAUACGUUCCGCUUCUUCGGGGCCAUGCUGGUCGUGCUCAAGGUCAUGAUGCGCGAGUCGCUCAUCUUCUUCGCGCUUCUGAUUGUUGUUAUGGUCGGUUUCUUCCAGGCUUUCAUCGGCAUGGAUAUUGUGGAUGACGAGCUGGCGGACGACACCGCCUUCAUCUUCCAAGCCAUGUUGAACGCCGUCAUGCAAAGCCCGGAUUUCGACGGCUUCGACCGAUUCGCCCCCCCCUUCGGCAUAAUUCUCUACUACAUCUUCACCUUCGUCGUCAUGGUAAUCCUGCUCAACAUCCUCAUCGCACUCUACAACUCCGCCUACGAAGACAUCACCGAAAACGCAAUCGACGAAUACAUGGCCCUCUUCUCGCAGAAAACCAUGCAAUUCGUACGCGCCCCCGACGAAAACGUCUUCAUCGCACCCUUCAACCUCAUCGAGAUGAUCUGCCUCAUCCUCCCCUUCGAAUGGUGGAUGUCGGACGCGCGCUACGAGAAACUAAACGACUACGUCAUGGCUGUCAUCUACUCCCCUUUACUCGUCAUCACAGCUGCACUCGAGCAGAAGGAGGCGCGCGUCGUGCGCGAAAAUCGCCGAAGGGGCGAGGACGACGAGGAUAAAGUGCAUGAGUGGGAACAGGUGCUGCAUGAGUGCGACUUUGAGGCUGAUGGCUGGGAUAAGCGCGUCCAGGCUUGUUGCCCGAAUGUCGAGUUUGAUACUGCGGUGCUGGAGGUUAGGAAGCUGAGGGGUGAGGUUGCUGAGCUGAAGUCUCUGUUGGUGGACCUGGUGGAGAGGAAUUGGGGCGCGGAUACGCUCGAGGGGAGUAAGUUUGGGAAGAUGGUGGAGAGUGGGGAGAGUAGUAAGGAUGGGGGGAGUCCGGAGGAGUAGGGGGUUUACUUACUCUGGUUCUUUUGUUCUGUGUGGGGAUGUCUUGUUGCAGGGUACAGGAUCUCCGCUUUGUCGAGGUACUGGGAAAGGGUGUUGUGUGUGUGCGCGCGCUGGGCAGUCUACUGCCGGCUUUCUAUUUUCAUUCCUGGGUGAGCGAGGGUUUAUGAUGGAAGAGUAAUGACAUGUUUCUUUCAUACCCCUUCCCUAUACUUUCUUAAACGACUGGAUAUACCUCCACCGCUCACAUCUAUUCAUCC